UUGGGACAGGAGUCGGAAUUGGACGAUGUGGCGGAUGCUACCGAACUGGCAGCUACGCGGUGACCAUAGAAAUGAUGACGGACCCCGUAGCGUCAGAGGAGGGAGAGGAGAUAGAUAUGGAAGUAAUGAAGCCUCUGAUUGAAGAUGACAGAUCUUCUGAUGAGAACAACGAAGAAGAGGCUUCUACUCCUAGACAUUACGACUCUGACGAUGCCGAUGGCUUAACGUUUGUACAGACUCUUAUACAUCUUUUGAAAGGAAACAUAGGCUCUGGACUUCUCGGGCUUCCUCUUGCAAUGAAAAAUGCAGGGAUUUUGGUAGGGCCGUUCAGCCUGUUACUUUUUGGCAUUAUAUCCAUUCACUGUAUGAACGUACUGGUACAGUGCAGCCACUAUUUCUGUCGAAGGUACAAGAGAGGGAAUUUAGGCUAUAGUGAAACAGUGGGCCUUGCUCUGGAGAUGGGGCCAGUGAGUUGCCUUCAGCGACAUGCUUCAUUAGGAAAGAAUAUCGUCGACUUUUUCCUGGUGACAACGCAGCUGGGGUUCUGCAGUGUUUAUUUUGUCUUUCUGGCAGAAAACAUGAAGCAGGUAUUUGAAGCAUUCUUUGAAAGCCGUUGGCCCUCGGUGGAAACAGCUGAGAAAUGGAGCUUCGACCUCAGACUGUACAUGGUCUGUUUCCUUCCACUCAUAAUUCCAUUGGUGUUUAUUCGAGACCUGAAGAACCUCUCUGUGUGUUCCUUCUUGGCCAACCUCUCCAUGGCAGUGAGCCUUGUCAUUAUCUAUCAGUACGUUUUCAGAAACCUCUCGAAUCCUUGUGCGCUGCCUCUAGCAGCCAGCUGGAAAAAGUACCCCCUCUUUUUUGGAACAGCCAUCUUCGCUUUUGAGGGAAUAGGUGUGGUGCUUCCGCUAGAAAACCGAAUGAGAGAAAAAAAGGACUUUAGGAAAGUGCUCAACAUCGGCAUGGCCAUAGUGACGGCCUUGUACAUUUCCCUCGCAACCUUAGGGUACCUUUGCUUUGGAGAUCAAAUCAAAGGCAGUAUAACCUUGAACCUUCCUCAGGAUUCCUGGUUGUAUCAAAUGGUGAAAGUUCUAUAUUCCUUUGGAAUCUUUAUAACCUAUGCAAUUCAGUACUAUGUACCGGCGGAAAUUUUACUGCCGGAGAUUAUAUCCAGAGUGGCAAAGCAGUGGAAGCUGCCGUGUGAAGUUGCCGUGAGAUCUUUGCUAGUCUGCGUAACCUGUGCCCUAGCUGUUUCGAUCCCACGCCUCGACCUGGUCAUAUCUUUUGUGGGCGCUGUGAGCAGCAGCACCUUGGCUUUGAUUCUUCCGCCCCUGCUGGAGCUAAUCACUUUUUAUAAAGACGGCUUAAGUCCGUGGACCGUCGCUAAGAACGUUUUCAUAGCGGUCGUCGGCUUCGUCGGCUUUCUGAUGGGAACGUACGUGACGAUAGAAGAGAUUUUAUACCCAGCUGACGCGCUCCUCGGAAAUGGCACCCAAGCUACGUCUAAAGUCACAAACUGUACUUUCUUCGGUGCCCAUUAAUGACGAGGCUCCUGUGAGGCGCUGUGCCUUUACGCCGAGAUGAAGGCAAUAUUUAAUGUCAGGAAACCUUAUUUGAAGCGUAUUUAUACACUGUAAUAUUUUACUUUGUCUUGCUUUUGCUUCCAAAUUAUAUUUUUUCCCGCGUCAUACAUCAGAGACCUUUUAAAGUCACGGGGAUUUACUUUCCUA